AUGCCUCCCCGGAUCCCAACCCCAGAAGACUUCACCCAAGUCCAAAAAGUCCUCCCCCUAACCCUAGCCUUCCCAAACCCCCCGGAAUCCACCACCGCAAUCCUCCUCCUCUUCCACGGCCUAGGCGACUCCGAGGUCCCCUUCGCCUCCUUCGCCCGCGCAAUGUCCCUCCCGGGCGUCCUCUCCAUCUCCCUUCGCGGUCCCUCCCCGCUACCCCCGUCCAUGCUGCCCGAUGACGGGCCAUCCACCUCCUCCGCAAACUCCUCCGGCCACUUCCACUGGGGCGACGACAUCACCUUCGACCCCUCCACAGACGCCCUCGCCACGGACCCUGGCUUCUCCAAAUCCUCAACCCUCGUCGUAGACCGCCUCAUCCGCGACACCCUCGUCGCCCGCUGCGGCUGGGAACUCAGCGACAUCAUCCUCUUCGGCUUCGGCCAAGGCGGGUCCCUGGCCUUGGGCAUCGCAUCGCAGCUCCGUCUCGGCCCAAAAGUCGUAGACGUGACUGAGUCCUCUGAUCCCACGGCUGCUUCCUCUGCAUCCAAACCCAAGAGGAAUGACAGCCACUUUGACGAAAACACCCUCAAGGGCGUCCUCUCGAUCGGCGGUCCCCUGCCACCCUCCAUGGUUCCCACGGUCAGCACGCGGGGCAAGUGCAAGACGAAAGCGUGUCUUGUCCAGCUCGACGACGACGCCUUUGAUGCCGUUAAGGAAGAGUUCCUCGAUGUCAGGGUCGUCAAGUGGAAGAGGAGGGACGUGGCCAUGCCCCGUGAUCGGGACGAGAUGUUCCCCUUGAUGAAGUUCUUCGCAGAAUGCCUCAAGAGCGGUUGGUGA